CGCUGACGUGUGCUCGUGACAGUUAGCUUAGCAUAGCCGAGCCUAGUGUAGCCGAGCUUAGCUCAGACAGCUGUAUCAGACCUGAUACAGUAAAUUAUACAGUAAAUACAAGCACAGGGGUAAUAUUAGAGUGUUUUAUGAGGUAAAGUGUGGUAAAGUCAGUGAAAUGGCGGACUGGGAGGAAAUCCGGCGGCUGGCGGCUGAUUUUCAGAGGGUCCAGUUCACAGAGUCUGUGCAGAGGCUGUCAGAAAGGAACUGUAUUGAGAUAAUCACUAAGCUGGUGGAGGAGAAGAAGCUGGACGUGGUUCACACACUCGAUGGGAAAGAGUUCAUCACUCCGUCACAGAUCAGCCGAGAGAUUCGAGAUGAGCUUUACACACAUGGAGGAAGAAUUAAUGUAGUGGAUCUACAGAAGAUCAUUAACGUGGAUCUGGUCCAUGUGGAGAGUCGAGCGAAUGAAGUGGCGAGAUCAGAGAAAGGAACUCGGAUCAUACUGGGACAACUAAUUACUGAACAUUACCUGGAACAGAUGUGUGAAGAGGUAAAUGAUAAACUGCAGGAGGCAGGACAGGUAAACAUCACUGAGCUGAGCAAAACACACCAGCUACCUGCAGACUUCCUUACACAGGAGCUCAGUGCACGGUUAGGCCGGCUGGUCGACGGUCACAUGGAUCAGUUCAAUGGGCUAAUCUUCACCCAGAACUUCAUCAACAGACAGAAAGCAAAAAUACGAGGAUUAUUUAGUUCCAUCACCAGGCCAACUCUAGUGAAUAACCUGAUCAAUCAGUACGGUUUACAAGACAAUCUGUUGUACUCUCUGUUGGAAGAGUUGGUGAACUCAGGCCGAGUCCUUGGCUCAGUGGUUGGAGGUCGUCAGGAUAAAGCUGUGUUUGUUCCUGAUGUUUACUGCAGAGCUCAAAAUGCCUGGGUCGAGUCCUUCCUGACACACAACUCCUACCUUGAGUUUGAGUCUCUGUCCCGACUGGGGAUUCCUGAUCCGGUCAGCUACAUUAAGAAGCGUUUUAAGGACAGAAAAUUGCUGUUCCUGCAGUCGGUGUGUGUGGAUGCGGCCAUAUUGGAUCAGCUGGAGGCAUCAGUGGAGGAAGCCAUCAACUCUGAAACCUGGAUCGACUUGCAGCUGCUGCUGCCGAGCUGCCUCUCACUGGAUGAUUCAGCCACGUUGAUAAGUCACGUGAUUCACUCGGUGCGUGCUCAGUCCAGCGCUCGGGUGCUUGGCACUGCUGUCGUCAGCGAGAAGUUCAUUAGCAGCUGCUUGGCGCUUUUUGAUGACAUCAUGCAGCAGAAAGCUCAGGCGGAAGUGAAAAGUGAUCCUGUGCUGUUAAUAACUGAGGAUGACAUGAAAAUGGCGCCAACAUUGGCAGAGAACUCGAGCUCUAAGCGAGACAAACGAGAGGAGCGGAGGAAGAAGGCAUCAGAGGGCAGUGGCAGUGUGCGAGCAGGUGGAGGAGGAAAUGCCAGAGAGGUCAGAAUUCGAAAAACCAAAAAGAAGAACAAGAGGGAAGAAGAGAGUGAUGAUGAGACUGCUGCUGCACAGAGUAAGCCUACAGAGCCGGUGUUCCUGUCAGUGCAGAAGAUCGUGGAGGUGUUGGAGAAGCGAGUGUGUGACUGUCCUAUGGAAACACUGGAGCUCCUUGCACAGGAACUGGUCAGGCCACUAUCACGGGUGUACCAGGAAGUGGUGCGCUCAGUUCUCCUGUCCUCUACUUCCACUUCCCCUUCAGCUGGGAAACGCAGACACACAGCCAAGGAGCUGCAAGAGGAAAUUAACACCUUGUAUGCGAACGUCCGAGCACUAGAGAAGGGAACCAAAUACUUCUCAGACGAUGAUCAACUCCACAUGGCGAAGCACAUCCUGAAAUCUGUGUGUUCAGAUCUAACCAAUGCAAUCAUCGCCUUCCUGUCAGAUGAUCAGAGGAAUUUCCUGGAUAGUUCUAGCUCCAUCACCCCAGAGGUGAGGACAAAGAUUCUGGCAAAGCUCCCUGAUGAGAUUAAAACUCCCCUGAUGAAACUGAACACCAGCCUCAAUGGAAAAAGCAUUGAGGAAUUCCUCUGCAGUGUGGAAGCUGCUGCUGAGGAGUGUGGCAUCCUGCUUAAGAAAGGAGACAAAAAAAAAGAGAAACUGGUUCUCUCUGUACAUAAACAGUCUCUGAUGGAGCAGCUGGAGGCAGCAAGUGAUGAGGCACUUGUUCUGCAUCUCACUGUUUUGCUGCUGUUUCAGCAACACACACACUGCAUGCUGCUUGCUCCGGGGCGGUGUGUGUCAAGCAUCAUAUACACACUGCAUAGUAAACUUCCGCAGGAUCAUUACGAGCUAUUGAUGCAAUAUCACACUUUGGUGGUAAAGCGGUUGGUGAAGAAGAAAGCUGAGCAGAUGGAUGUAGAGAAUGAAGGAUUAGCUGAAGAAUUGAAAGAACCGACAGAUCUCACAAUGGACAUUAAAAAGCUUGUCUUCUCACCCCGGAAAACUUCGACCUCAGAGCAAUGAAAUAGUGGAAGGGGCGGAGCCUUGAGGUGGGGAAAGAGGGAGGUAGAUGGAGAAAAGGCCAUGGCUGAGGGCGUGGUUGAAAAAUGUAAAAAUCUCUAGAAAAGUUUUGAUGUGUAGCUGCUCAAAUGUAUCUUCACAUUUUAAUCUUCUCCACUGACUGUUGUGUUUAUGUCUGAUCCUGAGGAUUAAACAUGGGAUUAAAAAUAAACCCGCAAAUGUGGGAGUGUGUAA